AUGUUCCCGCCCGCCAGCCAGCAGCCCGCCCUGCACCCAUACCGUCACCACCACCUUUCGACCUCGUGCGACCACCGCUCACCUCCCAUCCCACUGUCCUUGCAUCAAGCUGCCCAACACCCCGACCCCAUCGCGACUUCGCCCACUUGGCCACUCUCAGCUAUGGCGUCCAAGAAGGUCUCGGUUCUGAAGUUCGUCGGGACCGUUUCCCUCGGUCUUCUGACGGGCGCAUCCUACACCCUCUCGACCUUCACGAUCCCAUCCCUCCUCGACCUCCCCUCCUCCUCCAGCGCCGCCAAGGCGUUCCGCUCGAUCAGCAAGACCGCCACCACUCACCUCAACGCCCUGACCGGUGCCGCCGGUUCCGCCUUCCUUCUUGCCUUUGCCCUGUCGCCGCGCGGCUACAGACAUCCGUACCUGCUCUACACGUCCUUGUUCGUCUUCGGGUCGAGAUUGACCGACUUUGUCACCCCCUCGCUCUUCGGUACCUCGUCUAGCUCAUCCGCAGCCGCCCAAAGGAGAGCUGCCCUUGCCAAGGCUCGCAAGGAUAAAGCCGCCGCAAAGCGCAUGGAGGCCAGCUACGAGGUCCUCGGCGACUCGCACAGCGAGGAGGGUUCGGCUGGCCUGAGCGGUGAAGAGCUGGACGAGGAAAUCAACGGCGAGGAGAUCCGUGGCGAAGUUGAGCUGUUCGUCAAGAACCAGCUGGUGCAGACCGCCAUGGCCGGAAUUGGUUUCAUGAUGGCGGUUGUUGGUAUUUGGGGCGACGGAAUCUAUGAUCUUGCUGGUAGCGAGACCCUGGUCAUUGAGCUAUAA